AUGGGAGGUGCCGACACGGGGGCUCAGAUAUACGAUGCGGCCCUAAAUCGCCGCAAGGCUCUCAUGGGGGACAGUGGCCCCGCAGCGCUGGUAAAGAACAUGAGAGUCUUCUCCAUUGCUUCAUUUGCCUGCAUCGGUGGUGUGCUGUAUGGUUACAACCAGGGAAUGUUUUCUGGAGUCCUGGCAAUGGCUUCCUUUCAGUCCCAUAUGGGAGACUACGAUCCAGUUGACGAGAACGCCAGCCAGACAAAGAAAGGCUGGUUGACAUCUAUUCUCGAACUCGGCGCAUGGCUGGGAGCUCUGCUCUCUGGGUUCCUCGCAGAAGCAAUUUCCCGCAAAUAUGCCAGCCUUGUUGCUACAUCAGUCUUCAUGGUGGGUGUGGUGAUCCAAGCCACUUCAGUCCACGUCGGAUACCAGGCAAUUCUUGCUGGCCGCUUCAUUACGGGCAUCGGGGUUGGAAGCUUGUCGAUGGUGGUUCCCAUCUACAAUUCCGAGUGUGCUCCGCCCGAAGUGCGAGGUGCUCUGGUCGCACUUCAGCAGCUUGCCAUUGCUUUUGGCAUCAUGAUAAGCUUCUGGAUUGACUAUGGAACUAACUACAUUGGCGGAACAGAGCUUGGGCAUCAAAAAGAUUCCUCUUGGUUGAUUCCAAUCUGCCUUCAGCUUGGGCCGGCCGCGGUCCUUUUCGUUGGCAUGAUAUUCAUGCCGUUCUCCCCACGAUGGUUGAUUCACCACAAUCGCGAAGAAGAAGCGCGAGCUGUUCUUGCCAAUCUUCGUGGCCUUAGCGCCGACAACGAGCUCGUCGAGCUUGAGUUCCUGGAGAUCAAGGCACAGUCUCUGUUUGAGAAGCGCACUGUUUCCGAAAAGUUUCCUGCCUUGAGCCAACAGACAACCUGGAACACCUUCAAGCUGCAGUUUGUCGCCAUCAAGUCGCUCUUCGAAUCAAAGCCAAUGUUCAAGCGAGUCAUAGUUGCAACUGUGACCAUGGCACAUCAACAAUUUACUGGCAUCAACGCGGUUCUCUACUAUGCGCCCACAAUAUUCAAGCAGCUGGGUCUCAGUGGCAACACAACGUCUUUGCUAGCUACCGGCGUCGUCGGCAUUCUAAUGUUCAUCUUUACUAUACCUUCGGUCCUUUACAUUGACAAGGUCGGACGAAAGCCUGUUCUGACCAUCGGCGCUAUUGGAAUGGCAAUAUGCCACGUCAUUAUCGCGGCGAUAGUCGGGCAUUGGCAUAGCGACCUCUCUGACAACGCGGCUGCAGGGUGGGCUGCGGUGGCCAUGGUGUGGCUCUUCGUUGUCCACUUCGCUUAUUCUUGGGGCCCUUGCGGCUGGAUUAUUGUUGCUGAGAUCUGGCCACUGUCCAGUCGGCCGUACGGUGUCGCCCUAGGCAGUUCAAGCAACUGGAUGUGCAACUUUAUCGUCGGACAAAUCACGCCCGACAUGUUGUCGGAUAUUACGUAUGGCACGUAUCUCAUCUUCGGAGCUUUGACCUUCCUGGGCGCUGGGUUCAUUUGGUUCUUUGUGCCGGAGACCAAGCGACUCACCCUCGAAGAAAUGGAUGUUGUAUUUGGCUCUGUCGGCACUGCGCAAGCCGAUUUCGAGAGGAUGGAGGAGAUCAAUCAGGAGAUUGGACUAACCUCCAUGAUUCUGGCACACGGGAGUCCAGCGGCAGAGAAUCCAAAGCUCCAGGACGAGAAGGAGGAAUUGCCAGAGGUGGAGCAUGAGUGA